AUGGAGGUAUCACAAGUGCACCGGGUAUACGAGAAAAUGCCUUUAGGAUACAAUGAAAAUGGUUGUGGUUUAGAGAGCCGGCUAAGAGGGAGAGAGAGUAAGGGUGGGGGAAUUCUUGUGGUUUAUCUCUCGAGAAAGGUCACUGAGAAUAUGAUUGUAAAAAUUUCAUAUAGUGAAAGCUUCUCUGGUUGUCUGGUUGUCUCUGACAACACCUGUGAUUGUCCAACUUCUUAUCCAAAGACCAAGUCAUGGAAGGAAGGUAGAGAUUGUUGUUCUUGGGAUGGUGUUACUUGUGAUACUGUCACUGGUCAAAUAAUUGGCCUCGAGCUCAGUUGCAGUUUGCUUCAUGGCUCUCUAUCUUCUAACAAUAGCCUCUUCCGACUUUCACACCUCCAAAAACUCAAUCUUGCUGGUAAUUGUUUUAGUGAUUCAAAGAUAUCUUCCGAGUUUCGUGAGGCUUAUAAUGAUUUUAAUGGUUCAAAGAUAUCUCCCAAGUUUGGUUUGUUUAAGAGUUUAACACAUCUCAAUCUCUCCUAUUCUUGCUUUUUAGGUGAAGUCCCACCUGAAAUCUCUCACCUCUCCAACCUCAUUUCCCUUGAUAUUUCUUAUAAUCAGUUGAUGAUUGAAGAUCUUUCCCUUAAGAGAUUUGUGCAAAAUUGUUCACUACUUAAACAACUUCUCUUCGUGGGUGUGAACUUGUCAUCCAUUGAUACAAAUUCUUUGAUGAAUCUCUCAUCUUCUUUGACAGAUGUAAGAUUCAAAUAUUGUCGAUUGCAAGGGAAGUUCCCAAGCAGCAUUCUUUACUUGCCGCACCUACGCGUACUCGAUUUAUCAUAUAAUGUUCAACUCAACAUUCAUUUGCCAAAGUCUAACUGGAGUAGUCCUCUCCAAGAACUGCAUUUUGCUGAUGUGCCUUUCACAGGGGAUCAGCUGCCUGAAUCAAUUGGUGAUUUGAAUUCCUUGAAGCAAUUGACUAUUGGAGGAUGUGAUUUCGCAGGGUCAAUUCCAGCGAGAAUUGGCAACCUACUGCAACUCACUCAUUUUCAAGGUGCGAACAACAAUUUCAAUGGUAGAAUCCCAUCAUCACUAACAAAUCUCUCAAAGCUAGAAGUGUUGCCGCUUUACAGCAAUAAGCUGGUUGGUCCUCUUCCUAAUUUUUCGAAUCUAUCAAAAUUAGUUAUGCUAGAUUUAUAUUCGAAUUUGCUCAAUGGAACCAUACAAUCAGUUUUAUACAACAUACCUUCUUCAUUGCAUUCUUUGGAUCUCUCAUACAAUCAAUUCACUGGUCCUAUCAAUGAAUUCCAAUUCCAAUCUCUUGAGAGACUUUAUUUGGGUGGUAACAAGCUGGUUGGUCCUCUUCCUAAUUUUUCGAAUCUAUCAAAAUUAGGUACGCUAGAUUUAUCUUGGAAUUCGCUCAAUGGAACCAUACAAUCAGUUUUAUACAACUUACCUUCUUCAUUGCAUUCUUUGGAUCUCUCAUACAAUCAAUUCACUGGUCCUAUCAAUGAAUUCCAAUUCCAAUCUCUUGAGAGACUUUAUUUGGGUGGUAACAAGCUGAAUGGUUAUGUUCCAAGCUCAAUCUUUAAUCUUGUUAACGUCACACGGCUUGAUCUGUCAUCGAGUAGCUUUAGCGGUACCUUGGAUGCAUCCAUGUUCUCAAAACUCAAAAAUCUUCGAUUGCUUGACCUUUCAGAUAACGAUAUCUCGUUCACCACCAACACAAUUGUCAAUCACACAUUCCCCAAUAAUCUGUGGGGUUUGUAUCUUGCUUCUUGUAAUGUAACUGAAUUCCCCUACUUCUUAAGAGACUUGAAACAUCUAGAGCAGCUAGACCUUUCCAAUAAUAGACUUUACGGCCAAGUUCCUGAAUGGUUGUUGGAAGUGGGGAUUGAUACAUUAUCUUAUCUGAAUCUUGCCAACAACUCUUUCACUGGUAUUAAAGAAAUUCCAUGGAAGUCUCUUUCCAUUCUUGACCUUCACUCUAACUUGCUCCAAGGAUUGCUACCAUUUCCAGUCAAAAUGGAGGCGGAAGCAAUCUACCUGAUCUCAAACAAUAAUUUGACAGGAGAGAUACCUUCUUUGAUUUGCAAUACUCGUAUGAGAUAUCUUGACCUUUCAAACAAUAGCUUUUCCGGAACUAUUCCUCCAUGCUUCAGAAACAUAAGCCAAGGUCUUGAGGUUCUCAAUUUACGGAAGAAUACAUUCAGUGGCAAAAUUCUGGAUAUUUUUGAUGAAGGAUGUGGAUUACUUUCUCUCAACCUCAACGGCAAUCAACUGAAAGGGCCUCUGCCAAGAUCACUAGUGAAUUGCAAAAGUUUGGAACUUCUAGACCUUGGCAACAACCGAAUAAAUGACACAUUCCUUCAUUGGUUGAAAAAUCUCUCAGAACUGCAAGUUCUUAUCCUAAAGAACAACAGUUUUCAUGGUUCUAUACAAGAUUGCAAGGACUCUCAUUGUUUCUCCAAGUUACAAAUCUUGGAUAUCUCAAACAAUGAGCUUUGUGGUCCUUUGCCAGUCAGAUAUUUUGAGAAUCUGCAGGCCAUGAUGAAAACUGAAGAAGAUACAGGUGAUAGGAAAUAUUUAGGGGCAAACAUUUCUUUAUAUCAUGAUUCUGUGUUUGUGGUCAUGAAAGGGCAAGAGUAUCAAUUAGUUAGAAUAAUAACAACAUUCAAGACCUUAGAUUUCUCAAACAACAAGUUUCAAGGAGAGAUUCCUGACAUCAUUGGAAAGCUUACUUAUAUCAAAGGCCUCAACAUUUCAUAUAACAACAUUGGAGGUGGCAUCCCGCCGUCUUUGGGAAAUUUGAGAAAUCUUGAAUGGUUAGACCUCUCUUCAAACAGGCUUACAGGGAAGAUUCCAGAACAAUUGAAAGGUCUAACAUUUCUUUCACAGUUAAACCUCUCCCAUAACAACCUCGUUGGACCCAUACCCCAGAGCACGCAGUUCAACACAUUUGACAAUAGUUCCUAUGAAGGGAAUAAAGGGUUGUGUGGAUUUCCAUUAUCAAAAACUUGUGGCAAUAAUGGUGCUCCACCACAAUCACAACCAUUGUCUGGUGAAGAGGAUGAUUCUGGAAGUGAGUUUGAUUGGAAGAUCAUAAUGAUGGGUUACAGUUCUGGACUAGUUAUGGGAUUGUCUUUGGGAUAUAUCGUGUUCAUAACAGGAAAACCAAAAUGGUUAUUGAUGCUCGUUGAAGGAAGAUGGCUUAAGCAGGUGAAGAGGCCAAACAAAAGACAAAGAAGAAGAAGUAGCUAGAAUGUGGAAGCUAUGAUCAGGAAGCAAAGCAGCUUAUCGGAUUGAAAUAGAGAGGAAGCCAUUUUCAGUAGGAAGAAGUUGUGUCAAAACUGCUCUGGCUUUGUUCUGUCAAAAAGAGAAAUCCUUUUUCUAUAUGAAAUGAUAUGCUACAUGUUCUUCAAGUAAAUCUUUCACUUAUUGUAAUAGCUAGGUGUAAUAAUUCCAGUGUAACUGAAUUUCAGUUUGUUUACUGGAUCAUGAAAUCACUAAUAGUUCAUGCAUAUGCUUGUUCAUCAUUUCAUUUGCCUUCUUUGUUUUUCGUUUUGUUUUGCUCUUGAUGCAGUAAAUCAAUUGA